UCCAGGGUGUGCGUGUGUUGUGCAUUUUAGUGGGGCCAACCUAUUUUCUUGGGUAGAGAAGGAAAUGUGAAAACUUUGUACAAUUGAUUACUUGACUUUUUUUUUUGUCUCAUUGUGUAAUGAGAUGUCAAUUCUGUUUUUGGUCCUUGGCCAAACAUUCAGGAACUCUGGAAAAAUGUAAGGAAUUGAAAUACAGAUAAUAAAGUAAUCUGGUGAGAAAAUCAAAGGCAAAUAUUGAUACAAAGGGGAAAAUAUAUGGUACUUAAAGCAUAUCUAUAAAAUGAAAAUAUUUAUCAUAUCGAUCUCCUUUAUCUUCUUCAGAUUAUGGCUGUUUUUUGUGGUCAAACAUUUCUUGUCAUGUUACAAAGACACAACUUCCUGUGUGCUAAAAAAAAACGUCCCCAGUGGUAUUUUCUACAUGCUUGUGUUCCUAAACCUUGCAGAAGAGAAUGACCUAGGUCUGGACAAAGCCAUUCCUUCUUUGUUUUAAAAGCAGUAUAAACAUCACACCUAUUUAUUCGCUCAUUACAUAUACCAUUACUUUGCAUUUUGAGUUGUCAUACUAUGAUGUGCUUUUCCUUCCACCAAAGAAAGGUUUCUCUACAGUGUUGAAAAACCUCAUAGGCUACUAUUCUCUAGAAGCAGUAUUUUAAGAACAAUGGCUUAUCAGAUUUCUCAAAAGAUACAUGAAUGUUGAAUAUUUUCUUGUACACGGUGAAGGAGAUGUAUUAUUGAUCUCUUAAAAACUGUGUUAUGUGGUUGAACUUGAUGGCAGUUCAGCUUUUCCAGUCUUUAAAAAAGACAGUGCAGUUGCCUUUUCUUUUGGAGCAACUGCAUUCCUGCAGUCAUCCGUAUCCCAUUACAUACGGAAACCUGAGAGAAACAAAUCCCUGGCUUACUGUGUCUGGUAUUAAGGGGGAGAAGGGGUCCUGUAAAUGGCUUAGGAAGACCAUAAGAGUGUUCCCUUUGCAUCAUCAGAAAUUCAAUCACAUAAAAAAUACACUCCUUGUCACUCAAAUUUGAAUAGCACACUGUACCUUUGAUCUGCAUCUGUAGUAGGCUAUAUGUGCUGUUCUAUCCAAGAUGACAUGUAUUUUAAGUCUGUUGCAGUGCUAUCCAUUUGUUCUCCAGCUGCCAAAUUUCGGCCAUGUAUUGUGUCCACGGGAGACAACCCUACCACUUUUGGAUUUAGUCUCUGGUAUUGAGAUCUAGACAGAUGUAUUCCCAACUUCAUACAGGAGAGUUUGGCAGUGAUGGGGAUUCACAGUGCCACUGCUGUUCAGUGUGGCAAAACUUGGCCUCACAUAAAAAGUCUGGCAAAAUGACCUUCAUUGGCCUGUUAACUAGGUAGAGAUCUAGAUGUGCUUAAACAUGUUUUCUGUAAUAUUUAGAUUUUUAGUCAUUUUGCCAUAUCAAAUUAAUUGUGUUUUUUCACGCCUUGAAAAUCUUCUCUCAGUAGGCUUUCAUCCUGUCCACCAAAAGCUUUCAGCCAGCCUUGUAGAUCUUGGUAGCAGUAAGCUGUCAAGAAGGUAUCUGGAAGGCUGAUGUCUGCAUUCUAGAAAUCCUUUUUUUUUUUUAAUUGACAAUGCUGUUAUUGGAAAACUGUAAGCAUCUCUUACAGGCAUCACUCCACUUAGAGCUUCAGUAUUCCUAAUCCAGUCUUAAUUAGCUACCGCUUUUUUGGGAAGGAACUAGAACUUUCCUGGGAGAGGUAUUUCUAUUUCUUGGACUAUGUGUAGAAUCUGUGGGUUUGAAAGGUGGCAAGAGUAUAGAGUAAGGCAUCACGAAGUAAUUGUGGAUUCAAGUCUGUUUUGCCAGUUUGUCCCCUUAAAUGUGUGUUGAAAGGUGCUGCAUACUAUGAAGGGCUGGUACCCAUUUAAAAUGCUUAUACCUGAUGUGGGGUAGAAUCCGGUCUUUGUCCUGAAGAUCACUCCUGUGGUUCAUGGAAUGAAAUGUGCAAGGGAGGUUCUUCAGAGCUGCACAUAGGCCAGGUGAUUUUUCUGCUUUUAAUCCAAGGUGUUCAAAGGAGAAAAAAACAAUUAGGUACUUGAAGACUCCUCUUCUUACUGCAGACUACUGAAAACCAAAUCUGUUGAUUCAUUCCGUCUUUUGAAAUUUCAACAGUUGUUGAUCAUUUAUGAACAAUCUGGUCAAUAAUGUUGUAAUUCUGCUUUGCUUGGUAUUUGAACUUCAGAAAGGUAUUUAUUCCAUCUUUUUCUGUGGUGUGGAGCUUAAAAAAGGAUGAAGUACUAGUGCCCAGUCACAAGAAGUUUAGAACUACUUUAAUAAACUGAAAAAAUUAGGUUGUUACCAUUUGCCUUUAAGUCCAGUUUUGUAAAGGUUUUGUAUUAAGAGUUACUUCAGAUGUGAUGUUGAGGCAUUGCUAGCAGACUGAUAUUGCCUAUUAGGAUUCCAUUUGCUAGGCACUUAAGUACUGAAAAGAUCAAAUUAUCAGUACUGUGCUCUACUUUUCUCCUUCUGAUGUGAUUUAAUUGUGAAGUAUCUGCUAUAUAUAAGUCUGAAAAGAAUUGUGGAUUGAAACAAAGAUGUGAUUACUCUAAUCAGCUUUCAUAGUUCAAGAUGCUUAAUUUAAUGUGCUUGAUACAAUUAUUUUUUGUGCUGGGAACUUUGAAGAAUUAUGGGAAUUUCCCACAUGUACAUUUUCUUCUGAAUGAUUGAGUAAAGUCAAGACAAUUACUUCGUUUGGCCUGUGGACAAAGCAUUUGAUUUCAACACCUUGCUGAGGAGAGAACUUGUGUAUUAAUAGUUGCCUAAAGAUGUGGCCUCUGGAUGGAUUCUGAUCAUUCUUUCUACUAGUAAAUUGCACAAAUAGGUGCAGUAUUUAUAUCUGAAAUUUUGCUGAAUGUCUGUAAUGCUUCAUGGAAAUAUUUUGUGAAUCAAAUGGAAAUGCUCCUGCACAGCCUCAUGUUGCAGAUUGUCUAUCAGUUGAUCAAGUGAGCUUACAGGCAAGUAGUUCUGUAAUCCAAAAUGGCAUGUUUUCAUUUAUGACUGAUAAUUUCAGAAUGUUUCCUCUUUCAUAGAAGAAAUUACUGUUAUGCAGCAAACAGUUGGAGAGGUUCUUAAGCACCCAAUAGCCUGGUUUUAGAGUAAAGAGAAUAUACUGAGUUGGAAAGGACCCAUCAAGGUCAUCAAGUCCAAUUCUUGGCGCUGCACAGGACUCCCCAGCAAUCCCACCAUGUGCCAGACACCUUGAACUCAGGCAGGCUUGAUAGUGUGACUGCUUCCUGGGGAGCCUGUUCCAGUGUUUGGCCACCCUCUGAGUGAAAAACCUUUUAUUGACACCUAACCUAAAGCUCCUGUGACUCAGCUUCAUACAGUUUCCUCAAGUCCUGUCCCUGGUCAAGAGAGAAAUCUGUUUUAUCAGCUGAGCCAUGAAUGUAGAUGAUUGCCAUUUGACAAAGCUUCAUAUGGCCAUGUACUAACUGACUUGAUAUGGUGAUUGUUCGCAAUGGUAGCAGAACUGAAAACUAUAUCUGACAAAAGAGAAAAAUUAGGAACCAGUUUUGGUAGUUGUAUGCUGUUUUCAGGUUGCUGGCAGUCAGUUACACGUGUAAUAUGCUCUACCUGGUUUGUAGCUGUAACUGUGAUGUACAGAAAAAAAGAAAAAACCCACCCCAAAGAAAUAAAACCCCUGACCCUCCGUCAGCAAACCACAAAACAAUCUCCCCUCCUCCAAGAACUCAUGAAAACAGAAGCAAAUAAUGCAAUGAUAUGAUAUACACUUUUGUAUUUUUAUUCUUCUAAGGUUAUUUGCUGGCUCUUGUUGGCCUCUAGUUCAGUCUGUGUUAUUUAAAUUCUAAUAUAUGAAUUAUUUGGAUUGAAUUCAUGUUCGGGGCCAUGGUGUUGUAUGUAUUGAUGUACAGCCUUGAAUGUGAAUAAUUAUUGUAAACUAUUUUACACCUUUUUUCUGGCUUUAUUAUAUAAAUUUUCUAUUGGUCGAUGAUUUAAUCAUAUCUCAUAAUUUAAUGACGGUUUAUUCUCCUCUCGACAGAUCUCUGUGCUAUAGAUGUGUAGUUAGUGACUGGAUGACGGAUUUCACUUAUGCUUGGUAGUCUGUAAUAAAGGCAUGUAGGGUUCUGCGCGGCCUCCGCCUCUUCCUUCCGCCGUGGGCCGGGGGGCAUGGGACAGAGACGGGCCCGCGGCCUCCCGCCCGGCGGCGGCCCUGUCGCAGACGUGAGGGCUGCACCCGGGCCCCAAGCCGGAGCCGCUCGGGCGGCGGGCGAGAAGGGGCAGGGCGCUGUUCCAGCCGACGCUUCCGGUGGGCGGUGCGCCGAGGGCCGGGCAGCCGGGGCGGCCCCUUCCGGCGGUGUUGAGGAUGGCGGCGGAGAACCACUGUGAGUUCCCGGUGCCCCCGGCUGGCGGCCUCGGCGCGGGCGGGCCCUGCCGUCGGUGUAGCUCGGCGCCGCUGCCCGGCGCGGGGCCCGGCAAGUGGGUCAGGCUGAACGUGGGGGGCACCUGCUUCCUCACCACUCGACAGACGCUCUGCAGGGACCCUAAGUCCUUCCUCUUCCGCCUCUGCCAGGCCGACCCCGACCUGGACUCUGACAAGGAUGAAACAGGUGCCUAUUUAAUAGAUAGAGACCCAACCUACUUUGGGCCAGUGCUGAACUAUCUCAGACACGGAAAACUGGUUAUUAACAAGGACCUAGCUGAGGAAGGUGUACUGGAAGAGGCUGAAUUCUACAAUAUCACAUCUCUAAUAAAACUGGUAAAGGACAAAAUAAGAGAAAGAGACAGCAGAAUCUCUCAGGUGCCAGUCAAACAUGUAUACAGAGUGCUGCAGUGUCAGGAAGAGGAACUCACUCAAAUGGUUUCCACAAUGUCCGAUGGCUGGAAAUUUGAACAGCUGGUCAGUAUUGGUUCUUCCUAUAACUAUGGCAAUGAAGAUCAGGCUGAAUUUCUGUGUGUUGUCUCAAAGGAAUUGCAUAACACUCCUUAUGGCACAACCAGUGAACCCAGUGAAAAAGCAAAGAUUUUGCAAGAACGAGGUUCCAGGAUGUGAAGACAGUAUUGAACGGUGACAGUUUUUUUCUUUAUUCGAAGAUGCAGUGAAUUGUCACACUGAAGAGGCUUGGCUGCAAAAGAAAAAAAUCUCAUUUAGACAAUUUUCUGUUGAUCUGGGUUCAACCAUAUUUGCCUAUAAGCUGGUGUCAACUUCUGGAAGCAUUGCAAGAUUACAUAAUGGGAAUAGAUGGUGUGGGAAUGUGUUAAGUUUUGGUUGUGGUGCAUGGUUGUGCUUUCUUGUUGGCUUAUUGACACUGGUCAUUUGAAAAGAAAUGACCAUGCACUCAUAUUUUCCUUGGAGACAUGUAGCACUUAAUGUCUGGUGCUGGAUGACCCAAUGUUGAUCAGUUUGGAGACCUUUUCCUACUAAUCAUUGUAAACCUUAAAAGGACAAUGUAAUUGGUGCUACACACACACACACACAUACACUUAGACACACAUGCACACAUACACACAAAUGUUACAGCCCAGAAACGCAAGUAUUUGGGCAUGCGUUGUUUCAGAAUCAGUGUCAGCCCCAGUUGACUGUAUUAUACUGCACAUUCCGUACGGUUCUGUGACAUAAUCUAUUAUGUAAUAACAGCCUAGGAGAUCAACUGAAACUAGCAUGUGUAAAAGUUACACAACAGAGAAAAGGUUUCUCUGAAGGGUGUAUAUAUUGACUGGAUGUAUAGCUUAUUUCAAUACCCAAAGGGAAGACUAAACUCAGAGAAAAUGGCCUUCCUCUGAGUUACUCUUGAUGUUCUCUCUGUUAAACAGUCUCCUGCAAAAGUUACGCUCCAGUCCUGGUCACAUGCUUGAAAGUGGAAUCAAAAUUCACUUAAAAUGACCAACUGAACAUUCUGUUUCUUUGGAGAUGUUUAUACUCAUAUGUGUGUUUCUGCUUCUAUGAAAUGCCUAUAAGCAUUGAACUGUGGAUUAGGGUAGAGAUUUUUCUAGAGCUGAAGGUUUUACAGAAAAUACAGCUGGCUAGUCCUAGGUCCCUGUCUCUAUGACUUGGAUUAAAAUCAACCUUAGUGUGAACAUAAAGUCAUCCAGUUGAAAAACCUAAUUACUUUGGGUAUUCAGGAUCCCUGUAAUCAACCUUUCUCUUUCUAUACAGUUUCAGCUAUGCAGUUAUGAACAGUGUUUGAACAGAAUGUGGUGCAGCUUUGUUACUUUGUCCUUGAUAAAGGCUAGUACACAAGACACACACUAUGUUUUGAGCAAAAUCUUUAGCGCAUCUUUAAAACACUUUACAAAAUGGACAGUAUAAAACUUGGCUUCAUUGACUCAUGGAACCAGUGGAAGGGAGUUUCAAAAAGCUACAAGAUGGUUUUAAAUUCUAAAGACAUUACAGUUUUCAUUCUUAGUAAUUUCAGAAUUUAUGCAUAUACUGUAUGCUGAUUUUCAAACACCCAGGGUCUACUUUUUUUUUAAUUAUUAUUUUAUUUUUUAAAGGACUUAGACAUUGAUAAAAGUUUGGCAAAACAAUUUGUAAGAAACAUUUCUACUAAACAGAUUAAGCAAUGGGCUAAAUGUUUUGUCCAUGUGCCUAAUGCUUGAAAGGAUUUGUAAUGCAUUUUGUGACUUGGAUGUGGUCUGCACGGGAAGCUGCUGGCCUCUCCACAACACAUUCAAUUUUUGUCUUUUUUUAAGAAGUUAAAACUGAAUUUAAUUUACUAAAACUGUAAUUGUGUAGGGGGAAAUGUUUAUACUUUUAUACUUUUUUAGGUACCCAUAUUUUAUCAGCUUAAAUUGAGCACAGAGAUGUCCCCUAAAUAGUGAUGGAUUAUCUUGUGUAUCUGAAAAUAAGCAUAACAAUUGUCUGUGUUAACUGCACAUUAAAACAUUUCCUCUGCUGCAGUAGUCGCUCUGUUUUUAAGCAGUAUGACUCCACCAAGAUCUCUGAGCUCCCCGGCUCAUUGCAGCCAAUUGCAGCCAACCAUGUUACUUGUUGUUUUCCUGAUGUGCUCUACAGAGUAAUUCAGCAUUGAUCUAAGUGGAUUUUAAUGCCUAAAAUACCAGUUUUACAGUCAUCCUUCUGAAUCAGCAUUUCUGUUGCCUCUCUUAUUAAAUCCAAAAAAGACAAUUUAAUAAAGCGAAAUUUUCCUGAAUGACAUCGGCAAAGCAUGAGUAACAAACUGAGCAAACCGAACAAAUUUAGAGUAUGUAAAAGAGUGGUUUUUUUCUAAGUAUGGGGCUUUUUCCCCAACAGAAUAUUUUCAGUUUUAAAACCUGCUUCUGUGCUGAGAUUACCUGCAGUUUAGUUUAUAUUGUAUCCCUGCCAUAGCUAAUUUUAGGGAAAUGAGUGUUUAAUAAUUUUUUGCACUUUGUUUCCAAUAUCUCACAAAGAUUUUAAGAAGGAAAGAAAAGAAAGAACGCUAGUAGGCAGGUACCUUGUAAAUUAUUUUAAAUACACUGUCGUUUGCGACCACCUGAACUAACUACUUUCCUGUUCUUGCUAUUGUCAUUAUUGCUUUAAUUUGUGUGAUCAUGCAAGGCUUUCAGAUAGAUGGAAAUGCUCUCUUCAGCUUUUUUCAAGGCAUUAAGAAUUUAUCCCUAAAUAAAUUUUGUUUCUUUUUGUUUGACUGUUGCAGUUUCAAAUAAAGUAAUGCAAGGUAAUUGCAUUAGAGUCCAAUCUCCGUGACCAGGCUUGGCAAACAUUCCUUCAUCUGUUAAGCUCUUGCAAGGAGGAAGCAAUGUACCUAUACAGUUAAAACUGGAUUCCUUUGUUCUUUUUCUGCUGUUUAGAGAGUACCUACCUGAGAAUUGCCUGUGACUGUGCAGAGCUGAGGGGUUCACUAUCAGGCUGGAACUGCAAAGCUGUACUGCAGACUGCUUGAACUUAACUCUGGACAUACACAGCUCCUCUGUUGUUUAAUCAGAGCAGUAUUCCAGGUUAGAACUUCAGAUCCUGAGCAGAAGGAAUAAAACAGGAGAGGAGAGAGAUGAAAUUCCUUAAAGACAUUUACAUGAGAAACUUCUUGCAAAACUUGUUUAAGAACAGAAGUUCAAAUUUGCUAUAGCAAUUUCUUGCUUUGAGUUAGGAGACAGCAUAUUGUUGGCCUUAGGUUUUCUCAGAGGCUAUUUGUUCCUUUAUUGGAGAUGGUGUUUUUAUGUUACAUGCUUUCGACUGCUUCAGGCGGCAGGUGAAUCAGAAUUUGUCUGCAAAGAACAAGUAAUUCUGAGGCCUGAAAGACAUGGAUGUCACAUGGUCCAUAAUAACUAUCCAAAUGUAUACUCUGACUCAGCAGCUCCCAGCCCAAAGGUUACCUGGGAUUUUCUCCUAUUUACUGUGGGAUUUCCAUGGAUUACAGUUAAUUGCAUGUUUUUAAUCCCAAAGUAAUUUAAUUGUGUGUCAAAGACUUGAUUGAAUUUAGAAGCUUAUUUUGAAUCUUUACUAAAGUUUCCAUCAAUACAAUAAUAUAGUCAUAAAAGUUGGAAAAUGUACUGUUUUUUUCAAACUCAGAUUUCUUGUAAUGAUAAAAGUUCCUUUCAUCCUGCAUUGUAGCAUUAGGAGAAGAUAUUUCUUAAAAAAUGAAGCUCAGUGAAUCCAUCUGACUUUUUUGGUUUGAGAUUUUCUUUAGACACUAGCUGUGUAGCUCCAUUUCUAGCAAUGUGAAUGCACAGUUAUGAUUGAUUAGAAACAAGACUAUUUCCUGCAGAUUCAAAAAUUGAAUCAAUCUCCUCUUUUUCUGAGAGAGAGGGGUAUUUUUGGGGUUUUUUUCAGGAGAAGAAUGAAAACUGGCAGAUUAAACAAAAGAUUACUUAGUUGCAGGCAUUCAACUAAGGGAACGAGUCUGCUGAGUAUGGUGAUAACACUAUCAGAAAAGUGCUUCUCAUAACAGAACGCUAUUCUUUGAAUGUCUGCUAAAGUUGUUGAGAGUUGUCAGUCUCUGUUUAAGCUGUAGAGAGCUCCCACCAGCAAAUUAACACACAUUAGUUACAAAUUUUUAAUAAUAUUACAAAAAUGAACUUGGAGUGCAAAAAUGCAAUAGUAUCUGGUUCAGUGGAAUUAAAUAGAAUCUGGAUUAUAAUUACCCAGGUAUACUGGAAUGUAUUCCCUGGGAAAUACUGGGAGAAGAGUGAAGUUCUCCUGGGCUUUUUGAGGAAGAUGGAAGUCAAAUGAAAGCCUGAAGUCUGGGGCUUUGUUUCCUUAAGAUGUGAUAAAAUCAGAAAGUGCCAUUCUCCUAUUUUUUAUUCUCUCUCUCACCUCAUCAAAAGUUUCAAGUUCUUCAAAUUAACUUUUUCGAUCAGCCCUUGAACUGUAGGUCUUUUGAAAAAAGAUGAAAUUUUGUUAUGCCUUUAACAAUGUCUGUUAUCUUAAGAGAAUAGGGUUAAAACUUGAGUGGUCAUUGGAGAAGUGUCUUUUCUAGCACAACAGUUUCGAAAUACUUAAGCCUAAGGAUGAUGCCUUGUUACUUUGUUGUAAUUUAGACUGCAGCUGUCUCCAGUUUUGAGGACAAUCUUGGGAUCUUACAUGGGGCUUUGUGUAGAAUUAGUGAUUCUUUAAAUAGUAUGAAUAUUCAGUUUAAAAAAAAAACCCGGAAGGCUCUCUGAACUCAGUGUCAUGCAAGUUUUCUUUUGUUUCACAAAAAUCAGGAGCUGGCUUUAAAGGCUUCUUAAUGAACAGAGGCUUUAAAGGGCUAAAUAGAUCUUAUUGUCCAGUUUGCCUAAAUGACUGUCAGAAGGAACUCUCCAUUUUCAGAGCAGAAAUGCUAAGGGCUAAAAUACUUUCCAGGGCUUAUUUGAGGUUCCAGAGACAUAUAAUGUCUAAAAAACAACUAGUCUGUUUUCCUUUCAACUCAUGGACUCUGUAAUAAUUUUUACAAAUGUCUGAACCAAUUGCAGAUCUAAGUGUUCCUAUAUGGCUUGGAUUUUCAGUAUCCAGAUUGGAUAAGGGCACACUAGAGAAGGCAGUACACCUACCCUCCACUUCAUUAUUACCUUGGCUGAAAUCUUUUGACUUUUAUGAACAGCACUGGCAAUAGAGAAGCUUUGAGGAAGAUUCUGCCCCAGGAAAUUGUCACAGAAUAUUUCUUUGCAACUUAGUUGACCUUUACUUCAGUGAUGUCUACCAAGGCAUAAACUUCUCAAAAGUUCAGUGAGUAGAUACUGCUGUCAAUAUAGCUUUCUAGAGUCAUCAGAGGGUUCUCUUCAGGAUGUUGUGUCUUAAUAAGUACUAUAAUGAGAGAAACUUUUUUUAAAGGUAUUUUGCUACUUUGGGGGUGAGUGGAAGGGGAAUAGGUUCUGUGAUAGUGCUCUCCUUGCCUUAGAAAGCUGAGCCUAAAUUUUGAUCUAAGACCUGUUGUGAUUUUGAGGCCUCGUCAUCUGAAAUGAGUGAAGAGUGAGAGUAAAUGUAUUUAUUAUGUACAUGAUUCUUGCUACUUUUGAAGAUUUUCCAAAAGCUUAUGCACAACUUUACUCACAUUAACUUGGUUCAUGUGUACUUGCUAGAAUGAAGAAAGUGCCAAGGCACUUGUAAAGGAAUGUUACCAACCUCUCUACUGGAACUGAAACAAGAUCAUCAAACAGAAGGAGUAUCAAAUGGCAGCUUUUUCCACCUGCUUCUGCCCUUAUCCUUACCUCAACUUAGCUAUGAGAAAUCAAUAUCCUAUGCACUCUUCAGGAUCACCUACCCAAUUCAACGAAUGUUCUUUUUUUUUUAAGCUUUUCCUCCAAAUCACUGGUCUCAAAAUCAGUUGGGCAUCACCUGUUUGUGCUUAUACCCAAGUGGCCAUACUGGCAACGUGUUAUUUCCUGGAUAGUGGAUUAGCAAUAACGCUUUAUUUUGUGCCAAUUCAUUAUAUCUGAAGUGUUCUUACUGCAGCAAAAUUUGAGUUAUGAUUUGGUUUUAAUGCAUUUGCAUUAACCAAAACUCAGAGCGCAGACACAGACAAGAAACUGAAUUCAGGGAAAUUUCCCUGGAAAAAUAUCUGCUAGGGCUUCCCAAAUAAUUUGAAGAUGGUUACAGUUAACUAUCACUUUCAAAACAAAUGAAAUGUGUAUGGGUAUUUUUUUAACUUCCUUUUCAUAACACUAGUGUAUUGUAAACUGCAUGGAAUAAACCUGGUUUUUCCCUUUUAAA